CUGACUCUCGGAGCGUCGCAAGAUCAGUCAAUCGCUGACGAUUGAGUCGCCUGGUUUUGAGUGUAGCAUAAAGCAGUGAUCAUGGAAUUGUACCGAAUCGUAAUAGUUUUUAUGCUGAUUAUCACCAGCUCACAUGAGUGUUAUGGAGAAUUUGCCUUCAGCGCGCAUAUCCUGGAGCACAUCAAAACUAAUACAUCUGUCGAAGAUCAACGAAUGGCGGUAGCUGAGCUUAUCCGACGAAUUAUCCCACAACAUAGUGAUCUGUUUGUCCCAAUCGUUGAUAGUGGAAUAAAACAAAAUUCUUUUAAGAUUCUCAAAACCGGCGGUAUGUCAACUGUGUCCAUCACAGGAUCCACUGGUGUAGCUGCAUCGAAAGGUUUUUAUCACUAUUUGAAAUAUUUCUGUGGUUGCCAUAUUUCAUGGGAUGGCGAUCAGCUCGAACUACCACAAAUUCUGCCGAAUGUGAAUGUAACAAUAGAGGCUCCCAGCAGCAUAAUAUACUACCAAAAUGUCUGCACAUGGUCAUACUCAUUCACCUGGUGGACGUGGAAAGAUUGGCGCCGCCAUAUCGACUGGAUGGCUCUACAGGGAAUCACGCUUAGCUUAGCACCCUUCCAGGAAGAUCUUUGGACGGAAAUCUAUAGCGAGUAUAACCUGACUCAAUACGAAAUCGAUAGUCAUCUUUCUGGUCCUGGAUUUUUCGCUUGGCAACGGAUGGGUAACAUUCGAGGAUGGGGUGGCCCACUUACCCAAAACUUUAUGGAUUUCUCCGCUACCUUGCAGUCGCAGGUCGUUAAGCAGAUGCGUCGGCUGGGAAUGAUUGUGGCGCUCCCGGCGUUUGCCGGUCACUUACCUAUUCAGUUUAAACAACUCUUUCCACAUGCGAAACUUACCUCGGUGGAGGUGUGGAACGGAUUUCCGUAUCAGUUCGCCAGUCCUCUGUUUUUGGAUCCGAUAGACCCACUGUUUCUUGAAAUUGGAUCAAAAUUUGUCACCAAAGUGAUCGCACGGUACGGCACGGAUCACAUUUAUUUUAGUGAUCCUUUCAAUGAGGUUCAACCCCACUCGACUAGCUCCAAAUAUCUUGCGGGGGCAGCGGAAGGAAUAUUCAAAGCUAUGGCAAAGGUAGACCCACUUGCUGUAUGGCUUCUACAAGGUUGGAUGUUCCUCAAGAAUCCUCUGUGGAGCGAUCGUGCAAUUCAAGCGUUUCUCACGGCCAUACCCAUCGGUCGGGUCCUAGUGCUAGACUUACAGUCGGAACAAUAUCCCCAAUACACGAGGACGAACUCUUAUUAUGGACAACCAUUCGUAUGGUGUAUGCUGAGUAACUUUGGCGGAACGCUCGGAAUGCUGGGCUCAGUGGAGUUAGUUUAUGAAAGGAUUUUGGAAACACGAUCCGAUCCAAAUAUGACGAUGAUGGGCACCGGUAUUACGCCUGAAGGAAUCAAUCAAAACUAUGGAUUGUAUGAGUUCGCACUAGAACUGGGAUGGAACAAGGAUAUCAAUGAUACUGACAAGUGGUUCAGAAGGUACAGCACAGUUCGGUAUGGGAGUGACGAUGGCAGGCUACAAGAUGCUUGGAGUAUCUUCAGACAGACUGUAUACUCAUUCAAAGGGUUGGAACUUAUGAGAGGAAAAUAUACCUUCAACCGAAGACCCAGUAUGAAGCUGCAGCCUUGGGUAUGGUAUAACGAAACAUUCUUCAACGAUGGUGUGGAAUUACUGCUCGCAGCGGAUAGCACAAGUAAACUCUUCCUAAACGAUGUCGUCGAUGUGACACGUCAAUUUCUCCAAAAUACAGCUGAUCGGAUAUACUUGACCGUGAUGGAUACCUACCACUUAAGAAAUCGGACUUCGCUACAAGUUUAUUCACAAAUGUUCCAACAGCUGUUGAAGGAUUUGAACCGUUUGCUCCGAUCUGACGAGCAUUUCCUGCUAGGUCGAUGGCUCGAAUCUGCCAAAGCCUUGGGCCAAACCAGUCUGGAACGUCAAAAGUAUGAAUACAACGCCCGAAAUCAGAUCACUCUCUGGGGACCCCAGGGUCAGAUAGUAGAUUAUGCGAACAAACAGUGGGCCGGUGUGGUUGAGGAUUUCUUCUUGCCACGCUGGAGAAUGUUCUUAUCGGAAAUGGAAGCAGCAUUGAAGGAUAAUAGAACACUGAACGAAACGAAAGUGAGGAGUAAAAUUUUCCGCCUUAUAGAGUUGGCUUUCAGCACAGAUAAUAAGCGGUAUCCAGUCGCUGCGGAAGGAAAUGCGUUAGAGAUAGCACGAGAAUUGUAUCGAAAAUGGAGCGCUUUAAGUGAAACUUUAAAAAUAUUGCCAAAAUCAGGAAACAAAUAAAAUGAAUAAAUAAUGAUCAAACAUUGUGAAGCACUACUGCUAUAAUCAAAACUCAUUUGUUCGCUCCCUUGCCAGCUUUAUCAUCUGGUGCGCUUGUUAGCGAGAUGAAUCUCAAUCCGACCAGUGAUGAACGAUCGAGACGCUGAGGGUCAAUUUCAGCCGGUCAAAUACACUUCCCAGCAAACAUUAAAUCGUAUAAUUUUGCACGUGCCAAGUCUUACAAGAAAUCCGAAUAAAUCAUAAUCGUAUAUAAUAUCAAUCAAAGUAUGUAUCGUGUAUAUUUGAAAUCGCAUAAAAUGUAAAAAGUCGAUUUUAUAUACCAUUAUCAAAUUAAGUCGCAAUUCGGUAUAAUAAACAUUAGUUUUCUGAUGUACAUUGUCGUAAAAUAUAUUUAAUCCGCAUCAUAUGCGUAUAUUAUACCAGGGACACACAUACAGCUGUACUUGCGUUGUAAGAGUACAGCGUUGUACAGGUACUAUCGUACCAUGACAGACAUACUUUGGUUGUACAUUGUACCGUAUGUCAAACUGACAAUCAGAAUUUUUCCAAUUUUCAACACAUAUUUCAAUGACGUUUUAAUUUAGCGUCCAAACGAUCAAGCAAAUUUCCAGUCUGAGUUAUUAACUCAAUAGAAAGUCAGCGAAAAGAAUGUAUGCCAAGUGUUUUAGUUCGAUUUGUUCAUACUACCCACCACUAACCGUCAAUGGCGCUGCGCACAGUACAACUGUAGCCAUGUACAGCGGUAAAAUAGGUCGGUACAGGUACAGCGAUUGUAUCGAGUUGCUUGCAUGGUUCUAGCGCUGUACAUGGUGACAGACAUACAAUUUUCGAAGUACAACGCUAGUACAGUUGUAUGUCUGUCAUAAGUAUAAUACCAUGGACAGACAUACAGCUGUACUAGCGCUGUACGUGUACAGCGUUGUACAGGUACCACGAUAGCAUGACACACAUACUUUGGUUGUACAUUGUACCGCAUGUCAGACUGACAAUCAGAAGUUUGAAUUUAUUGCAUUGUAUUUUCACCAAUAUUUCAAUGAAAAAGGUUUUUAUUUAGCGUCUAAACUAUCGAACACAACAAAUAUGUUUCCAAUCUGAGUUAUUAACUCAAGAGAAAGUCAAUGAAAAGAUUGUAUACCAAAUGUUUUGAUUCGUUUUGUUCAUGCUACCCACCACUAAUCGUCUAUGGCGCUGCGCACAGUACAACUGUAGCCAUGUACAGCGGUAAAAUAGGUCGGUACAGGUACAGCGAUUGUACCGAGUUGCUUGCAUGGUUCUAGCGCUGUACAUGGUGACAGACGUACAAUUUUCGAAGUACAACGCAAGUACAGCUGUAUGUCUGUCAUAAGUAUUACGCUGAUGCAGUUUGUGUGUCGUAUAAACGUAUAAUUUAAAUCGAUUCAGUACUGUAGUAAAUCGUGUUGCA